CUUUCACUGUUUCCUUGCAGGUUUGUCCCAUAUGCUCCAUAAAAGUUGUGAGCAACAUGUUAAGCCAUAUCACUCUGCAACAUGGACAUUUAUUCAAGAUAUCCUUUGAAAUGUUUUAUUGUGUAUUUAUUGUCUCCUUAGCAUUAAACAACAGUAAGUUGAUAUAGAAUAGCUAUAAAAUUGAGUAAUUAAGUGAUCAUGAUUAGGGGCAAUUUGGGUAUGGUCUCGCAUUGUUCAACAACAACCCAACGUCUAGCCCAAUCAAAUGUUUUAUUGAAUAAUUUCGGAGAUUGUUGUUCGCUAAAUGAAUUACCUGCAGAACCUUCAGAAAUCAUGGGGAGUAGUGGCACACCAAACGAGCAACAACUGCCUGGAGCAUGUAAUGUUGCUUUUAAUUCAUUGCCGACAAUACAUAUAAAUGAACAAAUAGCACCACAAGAGGUUAGAAGUAUGCAAAAUCAGCUACUGUUUUCGUCUGAUUCUGGUGGAAGAAUGCUUUUAAAAUCAUAUCCCAAGACAAUUGCUUGUGAGGAGUCAAUGGGGUUAUAUGCAAGUAAGGAUUUUCUUAUGUCGCAACAAACCUGUCAUCAGAGAAAAUAUUUUGCUCCUCACUGGUCCGUUGAAUCUGUUAAUGAGGCAUUAGAGAAAGGCAAUGUCUUUAAAGCGCUGUUUCGUGUGAAUGCUCACAACAGACUUGAGGCCUAUUGCAAAAUCAAUGGAGUUCAAACAGAUGUUCUCAUCAGUGGAAUUGCUGCUCAGAAUAGAGCUGUAAGUCUGGGGUUGCUUUUUCUAGUGAUGUUCUAAAUGAAGUGCUGUUGACUUCAAUUGUCUACGUACUUUUUGUACAUUGUGCAUUUAAUGGAUAUAAAGUGAUAGGAAGUUAACUCACUAAUCUUGAUUUGUUUGCUUUCUGUUCCUUCAUCAG